GCUUCUACGCAUGUCCAGAAGAUGGAUGAGAAAGACUCAGCUGGCACUGAAGCAGGAAGAGGCCAUUCCAUCCUAACUCAUAGCCAUGGAGGAAUCUGGGGAAAGUCUGUCCAAAGGAUCCUGGGUGAGGAGGACACCCUCCACUCAGAUGUGCAGAGCGAGCAGCUCGGGCGGCUUUGCUACCAGGAGGCCAAAGGACCCUGAGAGGUUUGCAACCGACUCUACCACCUUUGCCGUCAGUGGCUGAAACCAGAAAGGCACACGAAAGCUGAGAUGCUGGACCUGGUGAUCUUGGAGCGGUUCCUGGCUGUCCUUCCAGCAGAGAUGCAGUGCUGGGUGAGGGAAUGUGGAGCACAGACCAGUUCCCAGGCAGUGGCCCUGGUUGAAGGUGUCCUCCUGAGCCAGGCAGAGGAGAGAAAGCAGGCAGAGCAGCAGGGGAAGGAUCAGUUUCCAGAAAUGGGUCAGGAUUCCUCUGAGGUAGACAGAACUCCGAUGGACUCCAGAGAGAAGCCACUGGGAGACAGAAUGAUGCCAGCAAAACCUGUUUGUCCAUCUUUUCUUGGUGGCGAAGGGGAAGCUGCCACUGUGGAACCGGAGCAGGGUCCAGUGUGCUUUGAAGAUGUAGCUGUGUAUUUCACAGAAAAGGAGUGCGCGUUGCUGGAUCCUGACCAGAGAGCUCUGCACAAGGAAGUCAUGGAGGAGAAUCGUGGGAUCUUGGACUCUCUCGUUGCAGGUGGUGAUGAAUUGGAGAUGAAGAAUGAGGGAGACCACGAUAAAAUCCACACAGUGGGGAAGUCAGAGUGCGGAGAGAGCUUCAGUCAGAACUCCCAUUCCACUUCAAAUCAAAGAAAUUCCAUCAGGAACAAACCCUAUCAGUGCUUGGAGUGUGGAAAGAGCUUCAGUCAGAGAAACAAGCUCACUAUCCACCAGAGAAUUCAUACAGGGGGGAAACCCUUUCAGUGCCAAGAGUGUGGAAAGGGCUUCAAUAACGGGGGCAAUCUCGCUUCCCAUAAAAUAAUUCAUACAGGAGAGAAACCCUAUCAGUGCCAAGAGUGUGGAAAGAGCUUCACUUGGAAAACAAGUCUCAUUUCCCAUCAAAGAAUUCAUACUGGAGAUAAACCCUAUCACUGCUUGGAAUGUGGAAAGACAUUCAGAAAAAAAGGCAAUCUCACUGUCCAUCAGAGAAUUCAUACAGGGGGAAAACCCUAUCAGUGCCAAGAGUGUGGAAAAAGCUUUAGUCAAAAGGGGAGUUUAACUUACCACCAGAGAAUUCAUACAGGGGAGAAGCCUUAUCAGUGCUUGGAGUGUGGAAAGAGCUUCAUUCGAAAAGGCCAUCUUAUGGCCCAUCAAGAAAUUCAUAAAGGAGAGAAAACCUUUCAGUGCCAAGAGUGUGGAAAGGGCUUCAGAAAAAAGGACAGUUUAACUUCCCAUCAGAGAAUUCAUACAGGAGAGAAACCCUAUCAGUGCCUAGAGUGUGGAAAGAGCUUCUGUCACCAAGGCCAUCUUUCUGUACAUCAAAGAAUUCAUACAGGGGAGAAGCCUUAUCAGUGCUUGCAGUGUGGAAAGAGCUUCACUGGGAAAGCAAGUCUCAUUUCCCAUCAAAGAAUUCAUACUGGAGAUAAACCCUAUCACUGUUUGGAAUGUGGAAAGAGAUUCAGAAAAAAAUGUAAUCUCACUGUCCAUCAGAGAAGUCAUACAGGGGAGAAACCUUAUCAGUGCUUGGAAUGUGGAAAGAGCUUCACUUGGAAAAUAAGUUUCACUUCCCAUAAAAGAAUUCAUACAGGAGUGAAACCCUAUCAGUGCCAAAAUUGUGGAAAAAGCUUCAGUCAACACGGCCAGCUUACUGUACAUCAAAGAAUUCAUACAGGAGAGAAACCUUAUCAUUGCUUGCAAUGUGGAAAGAGCUUCACUAGGAAAAUAAGUUUCACUUCCCAUCUAAGAAUUCAUACUGGAAACAAACCCUAGCACUGCUUAGAAUGUGGAAAAAGCUUCUGUCAACAAGGCCUGUCUUGUUUCCUGUCAGGGGUACUCCCUACAGGGAGCCUCCCCCCGUCAUCCUGACUAGCACUUCACCCAGCAAUAGCAUGAGCAGCGAGUCAGGAGGAGGGAACGAGGAAUGGAGCGGAAUGGGGGGAGGGCUCAGUGAGGCGUCCGAGCCCUGGCAACGCUCUGGUCGAGGGACAGCGGAUGAGGGGCUUAGCGAGACAUCAGAGCCCAGGCGCUGCCCCAACCAGCAAGAGGGGAGACCUCUCCAUCCGGCGCCCGAAUUGAAGUGCGCACCCUCACGUAGGGCUAAGGGACGGCGUUUCGGGGUGCCCAGGCUUUUAUGCUGGCCCUGAAGCAGACGAAAGCCAUUGCCGGACUCUGAAAGUGACUAGGUGGCCAUGUUUUCUGCUAUCUCUGCACUGUAAAUAGUAUGCACAAUAAAACUCUUUAAGACAGUGUGGACUGGAGCAUCUUUACUCGGGAGUAGCCCGAACAACUCCCUGAUGUUUCCGAUCAAAGAACUCACAGUGGGGGAGAACUAUAAAAGUUACUAUAUACAGAUUUAAUUUUAGGAGACUUCAGUCAGUGUGAGGUGAGGAUUGUAGCUGGGUUCUUUGCCACAUCUGGUGCCCCAUAUCUCUUCCUACUAUGUACCCGGAACUGUGACUUGCAAGUCCUUGGCCAAGGUGUUUAAUACCUUCUUCACGUCAUGGCUGAACAGAGUGAUAAGAGCAAUUGGGCGAGACUGAUGAAGUUGCCGUCCAUGUUCAACUUUCCUUGGAAGGACUUGGAGUAAAAAUUUUGAUAGUUGAUUGAAUAUUAAAUAUUAUAGAUUUUGAUAUUGUUCAAAGUGUCCUAGUAUUAAUUGCAUUUAGCCUCUUAGAUCAAAUGUAUUAGGCUUGAUUUUUAUGGGUCUGCAUUUUGUAACCUUCAUGCCACCCUCCUGCACUGUGUAAAGCUGUGAUGUGUACAUUGCCUACCACUUCCAGCCUUAUCUGACCCUAGAAGGGCAGGUGAUGUUUUGGGAAAGAGGGAGGUGUUGAGCUACCACCACGGUGUGAACUCACAUCUCUCCUCAAACCCCUUUGACAUGUUUUGGUACCAGGGAAGUAAGAUAGGGGAUUGGAAUGUCAACAGUCCCAUGGAAGGCCUGGUUGCCAUGGGCAUGGUGUCAAAGUGACACAUAAGAGACCCAAAUGGCCUGGGCACUCUGGGACACUGCAAGGUAAUAUCAGGGGAGUCCAUACCCGCAUGGAACCACGUGCCCCAUGACCUGUGACCUUUUUCU